AUGACGGUUGUAAAUGACUCUGGUUUUACUCUACCAACAACUACUGGGGAGCCAUUGUCUGCUUCUACCCCUUCAUAUGAGACGUUGAUUGACUCUUCUACAACCGUAUUUGCUGCAACAACUGCUGCUCCUUCUUCUACAACAACUAUUUGGUCUGCUACAACUGUUGCUCUUAUAACCACUCCGGGAAAUGCAGUGACUUCUCCCAUAAUCACAACUGCGACUUCUGUCAAAACUAUUGCUUCUUCUAACACAAAAGCUCUUGUUCCUUCUGCCACGACCACCUUUGUUCCUUCUGCCACGACCACCUUUGUUCCUUCUGCCACGACCACCUUUGUUCCUUCUGCCACGACCACCGCUGUUCCUUCUACCACGACCACCUUUGUUCCUUCUGCCACGACCACCUUUGUUCCUUCUGCCACGACCACCUUUGUUCCUUCUGCCACGACCACCGCUGUUCCUUCUGCCACGACCACCGCUGUUCCUUCUACCACGACCACCUUUGUUCCUUCUGCUACGACCACCUUUGUUCCUUCUGCCACGACCACCGCUGUUUCUUCUGCCACGACCACCGCUGUUCCUUCUGCCACGACCACCUUUGUUCCUUCUGCCACGACCACCUUUGUUCCUUCUGCCACGACCACCUUUGUUCCUUCUGCCACGACCACUGUUGCUCCUUCUACCACGACUACUGCUGCUUCUUCUACCACGACCACCUUUGUUCCUUCUGCCACGACCACCUUUGUUCCUUCUGCCACGACCACCUUUGUUCCUUCUGCCACGACCACCUUUGUUCCUUCUGCCACGACCACCGCUGUUCCUUCUACCACGACCACCUUUGUUCCUUCUGCCACGACCACCUUUGUUCCUUCUGCCACGACCACCUUUGUUCCUUCUGCCACGACCACCUUUGUUCCUUCUGCCACGACCACCUUUGUUCCUUCUGCCACGACCACCGCUGUUCCUUCUGCCACGACCACCUUUGUUCCUUCUGCCACGACCACCGCUGUUCCUUCUGCCACGACCACCGCUGUUCCUUCUGCCACGACCACCUUUGUUCCUUCUGCCACGACCACUGUUGUUCCUUCUGCCACGAACACCGCUGUUCCUUCUGCCACGACCACCGCUGUUCCUUCUGCCACGACCACUGCUGCUCCUUCUACCACGACCACCUUUGUUCCUUCUGCUACGACCUCUGCUGUUCCUUCUACCACGACCACCUUUGUUCCUUCUGCCACGACCACCGCUGUUCCUUCUACCACGAACACUGCUGCUCCUUCUACCACGACCACCGCUGUUCCUUCUACCACGACCACUGCUGCUCCUUCUAACACGACCACUGCUGUUCCUUCUGCCACGACCAUAGCUGCAGUUGCCAACGUUUCUGACACAGUAUCGGUGACUUCCAGCGACUGGACACAGUGUCCCUCGGGAAGUGUACUUCAAGGCAUAGCCUUCGAGGGCGACAAAUAUGCGGUAGACCACAUUAUCUGCUUGGAGGUAGACCCCGGCAUGGUUGCGGUGGACUGGACUUCGAGGUCUGGGCUGACAUGUUCGUCAAGCAGAAUUCCGACCGGGUUUCGGGACCCAUCGUGGAAGCCUCCCGAGCUGCUUUGCGUGGGCGUCGAAGCAGGCUGGGGCCUCGACGUCGAUUCCUGUGUCUCCGUCGACGUGAGCGCCGACUCCCGGCCGGCGGAGGACACGGUCGGCUCCUGGGACUAUUGGGCCGUAUGCCCCACUGACCACGCAAUCAACAACAUCUACGUAGAGUGGGGCACCUUCAAGUUGGUGUCCUGUUGCCUUCUAGUGCAGUUAGUGCCCGCUCCUAAGCUGCAGGUGGUGAGGGAGAUGAACACUGGUCCCGUGUGCCCACACCAGGGUUCUACUGCCAUCGUCGCGCUCGGCCUCGACAACGACCGCCGGUACGUUAGUCACAUCGUUUGCUCGACCUUUGCGUCCUCGCUCACGACAGACGCCAGCGUCGCCAGUACGGUGAGCGCGGGGCACGAGAGUGAGUCUUCGUCGGCGUGCCCUGCCAACGAAGCCAUCGCCGGCCUCAGCAACACCGAAAGUAAAUUUAUGACGGGAGCGUGUGUGAAAGUUACCAGUAAAACAGUCAGCAGCAACUGUGUUGUGGUUCCAUACAACACCGGGGCACUGCCUAGCAUCCCCAGCGAGGACACAAGCAGCUGGUCAGACUGGGUGACCUGCACGCAUCUGGGGAACUACGUCGCCACGCAGGUUUCGCGCGAGACGAGUGGGUUUUGGCCCGUUAACAGAAGGGUAAAGGAACUCCAGUGCUGCGAGCUCGUGUAGCCUACCCCUCGUGAAAAAGGAGCUCCUGGGCGACAACGGAUCCAAGUAUGCAUAUUAUAACAUGAAAAGAGAACUAUGCAUGAUAAUGAGUUCAUUUGUUUCUAGACUCAUAAAGGAUU